AUGACUGUGUUAAGCGCCGCCAUAAGCACGAAGAGCAAAAUCUUGGUUUCGCGGCAGUUCCAGAAUAUCAGCAAAUGUGACUUAGACUCACUAACCAUCCCGUUUCACAAUCUAAUAGAACGGGAGAGGAGCGACCACACGUACAUAGAAACGGACAAAGUGAGAUAUGUGUACCAGCCACUGGAUAGCAUUUAUAUCUUCCUAAUCACGAACAUCAAUUCGAAUAUUAUAGAAGACUUGGAAAUAAUUAAAGUGCUUAGUCAGAUUAUUCAGGAUCUAUGUCAAGGCAACAUCAACGAAAGUACCAUUUUGAAAAAAUGCUUUACCAUCAUAUUCUACAUCGAUGAGUUGAUAAAAAAUGGAGUGCGAGAAAUAGUGAAUACUAAUCAAAUAAAAACCUACAUUGAAAUGGAAUCACAUGAGGAAAAAUUGCAGACAAUAAUCAGGGAGAAUAAGGAGAAGGAAGAAAAAGAGAGAAGGAAAUUUAUUGCUUCCAAGUUGGAAAAGAAUAGACAAAAACAGGGAAAAGAUCGUACUAACAGUUUUCUCUCCAAUGAUGUCAUCACAAACGUGGACUACAACAGCAGUAUGGGUUACAACACCAACAUGGGUUACAACGCCAACAUGGGUUACAGCACAAACAUGAUGGAUAACUUUCUGUACAAAACGGAGGAGCCCAGUGAUAUUAUCCUUGAUGAGAGCUUCAAUGCAUAUAGAGGAAUGCAAAUCUCAAGCAAAAAAGAGCAAGUGAAAAUUCUAAACGUAGUGGAAAGUAACAAAAUGAUCAAUAAGCCAAACAUCAAUGUAAAUGCCCUCUUUGAUAAACCCAUCAACAUUGUGAUAAGUGAAAAUAUCAUAUGUACUCUAAGCUCGGAAGGAACCCUCUGCGAUUUGGACAUUCAAGGAACGUUCAAUAUGCAAAUAAAUAAUCACAAGUAUUCAAAAGUCAUCGUAGAAUUGGAUAACGAGUAUGGAGAUAAGGCUAAGAUACACCCCAUAUUAGACAAAAGUAAGUAUAACUCUAAUGUGCUGGAAUUAAAAGACAAGGGGAAGAAUUUUCGGGUAAAUACAACUUAUCCUUUACUCAAAUGGAAAAUAAAUCAUCUCAACGAUUCGUACAUACCACUUAACAUUAGUUGCUGGCCAUGUGAAGACAAUGAAAGUACUCUCCUAAAUUUAGAAAUUGAAAAUAAAAGAAAGAACGCUGAUGAUGUGAUAUACGAUUUGAACGUCAAUUUAAUGUGCCCCUCUGCUAGUAAGCCACAAAUUAUUAGCAAAGACAAAGGCAUUAUUGAACAUGACGGCAUUCUACUAGCGUGGAAGGUAGAUGCUCUGAAGAGCAACCAGAGCUGCCAAAUUGAAAUUUCCAUUCAGUCCAAGCCUGAAAGCGUCUUCCCCUUCUCCGUUGAGGCAAAAUCCAACAUACUGGCGCACAAAUUGAACGUCUUGAAGGUCUUUGACGAGGAUACGCACGAGGACAUCGAGUACGAAAUUAAGAGGAACAUUACUUACCUGUUUACCAUUAACAAGUAG